CACGACCUCCCGUUAGUGCACCGGAAGUCGGCAGCAGGUGCCACAGGAAGUGCCCGUGUCCAGCCCCGCUUCCAGAAGAACAGGACCGAGAAGCUAACGAUAAAAUGAGUGCUGCUGUACCCAACCAUCGAAGGACCAAGCCCGGCGGCAUAAAGCCAGGGGCGGCGAACAGCGGCGCGACGGGACCGACCUCCCAGAUCCCCGGGUUAUGCCAGACCGCCACUGAAAGUGCUCCGGCGGAGAGGAUCAGUGGACGGCGAGUUGGGAUAUUUGAGUCGGACUCGGACUACGUGAAGCUCGCAAAGCAGGGGGGACACAAAGGGCUGCUGAGUCACGAUGUCGACGACGACGACAUACCGAAGAAACCCUACAAUCCGCCCAACUGGUUUGGAGGUGAUGAGUCAAAGAGCGGAAGGAAAGCAACGUCUCCCGACAGCCAGACGAAGGGAGGCAGGCAGCCUCUCGCCCCGCCGUUUGGCACUGAUAACGAUUCGCCCUGGGAAAGAGAGCCUGAUAGCUUUUCCCAUGGUAAAGAGAAGAUGUCUCCUGAUGGUGCAGCCGCUGAGAUGGAGGGCCUGUCACUAACCAACAAAUACAAGAGAAGGUCUUACGAUAAGAAGACUCCACCGGUCAGCAUGUCCAAGCUGCUGAGUCACGGCUACGUGGAGGGGCAGAAGUCUCCCAAUGACGACGAUGCCUCAAGUGUGACCUCAGAACAGACGAGCACCGUGGCGAUGGAGGACAUGGACGAUCUGGAGUAGCGAGCGCUGGUUCUCAUCUGGAGGCGAACGGGGGCCCUCCUAACACUGGCUUAUGGGUCACAAAUCCACAAAGGCACUGUUCUGCCCCCUCCUGGAUUCACUCGCAUUUAUUGUACAUCCACUGACUGUUAUGUUUUUGUACUCAUGUUUAUGCAAAGGUACUGUCCUCUCUCUAUUUAUUUUGCUUUAAUUUGUAAAAAGAAGUCAGGCUGGUUUCAUUUUUGAGUAGACGUGUCUGUGAUCGAAGUAUCUUUCAUUUGUGUCGUCGUUCCUCGAUUUGAAAGACAAGUCGUGUGCAGGGCUGGAAACUAACAGGCUGGUUGAUUCUGCCUUAGGUGCUGUUAGUUUCCCUCCCUGGUUGUAUGAAGAUCGAGUUAGUGAAGUUUCCAAGUGUCUGUGCUUAUAAAUUGUGGUUCCAGUGAUGUGAAAUAUCUAAUUUCUUUUGACCAAAUGCUCCUGCUGUCUGAAGGGAUGCUACAGGUUUGUGUGUUUUCCACUGCGGAGGCGAACGCGUUCAUUCGCUGAGACAGCAGCCCUACGGCUGUGACUACAUUCUAAAACGAAUACUGAUGGCCACGGCCGCCACAGUUUGUUUGGACCAAAAGUGAUUUUUAGCUUGUUGCUCUGCAAAAGGUCGUCCUUCUGUGCGAUUUCACCCCCACAACUCUGUUGUUGUUGUUGUUGAGGCUCUAAAAUUGAAAAACAUGCACUCACAAAGUCUCAUUUUUUUCCUCAAUAAUGAAGCUCAACAGAAAGAAGGGAAUAUAAUAAAAAACAUAAAUGUUAGAAUCUAGUCCAGAUAUGUCAGCAGCUUUCCAGUCACAUAUCUAAAUGUUCUUUAUUCCCCAGGUUAAAGCCCUUCUCUGCUAAAUCAGUACAUUUUCCUCUAGCUUAAUAACCUAAAUCUUACAGAACAGAUAAAACAUCCCUGGCAACUUUGGGGAAAAUGGCUUCCUUCUGCAGGCCAACAAGCUGAAAGUCAAUUCCUGUGUAAUUCCCGGUGAAGAUUAAGGCAGGAAAGGUUGUUUAUUUUAUUUUAAUUUUUUUUAAAGUGAGUUCUGAACGUGCCAACCAAGCAGUUUUUCCCUGCUCAUGCAGUGUUUAGACUUCGUAGACGUCAGUAGGAAGAAGUUAGUGUUAGUGCACAGCCCGGUCACACUGAGCCCUCUGUCUCGUGACAUGAUGGGGAGUUUAUUCUGAUCACAUGAGAGAAAUGGUUACUGCUGCAAUAUUUAAGGCAAAGGAAGCUUCACUUUAUAAAGCAUUUAAAACAUACUAAGAUAUGUAACAUUUAACUAUAACACUAAAAUAGCCUAGAAAUUUACUUUUGGUGUAUGAAGUGCAUUGACACCAUAGACUGUAUAUGAAAGAUGGGCAUAGCCACCACUGGAGUCUGGAAAUUAUGCUCUCAUUUUUGCCAGUUUGAGAGUCUGUAUCUUCCCACAGACAUUUUGUGCCGCGUUAAAAUCAUAGACUGUAUAUUAAAGAUGGAUGUAGCCACCAUGACAUCACCCAUUGGUUUUAACCUGUUUUCUUGGAGCCAAAAGCAACCAUAAUUAGAGAGGGUUGAUUGCUAAGUUAUCAGCCAAUGCUGACGAGCUCUGUUAGCAAGCUGCAUCCAUAAACUGUACGGUUGCAAGUCACAGACACACAUCAGCUAAUUAGUGCUAAUAACAGAUUAAUAAAAUACUAGAAUUUCACUCACUUGAACAGAAGCACAGCCUGUGCUGGUACUGGUGGCAUGUAGUGACUUCUAGGGAGUGGCAAGCAGAGACUGCACAGUUAUGUUGACAAAACAACUGAUUAAAGUUGGUAAAUUCAAUCAAGUGAUUUCUCAGAGGUGUUAUUCUGAAAAUUCUGGUACAGCCUACGCUUUCCUGUUUUAUCGAAUUGGACAUAGCAGGAGUUGACAUUCCCCUCUCCCAUCAGGGCCUUCCUUGCUAAUAUACUAAAGGAGUUAUUAAGCCUUCACACUGCACUCGAACUCUACAUUACUUAAAUUGGCCAAGGUGGUUAGUAUGGGGAAAUUCAGCUGUUACUGUGAUACCUGAUCUCAAAGCAGUGGAAGCUUGGCUAGCAUGCUAAUCUUUCAUCAGUCACACAUCAAAGACCAGAGGUUUAUCCACAAUGCACAAACAACCAGAAAAGGCUGCUGGCUGCACGGCUUGCCCAUCUCCAGUCUUUAUCAACAGUCACGCCCAACAAAACAUCACGCUGUAGAUACCAAUGAAGUUGCAGCCAGAAUUAAGCCUGCUUCCAGAGGCCAUAUCCAGCUGUAGCCACAAGAUGGCAGUAAUGUAAAGGAUGGAUGCAAAGGAUAACUUUUAGGUUUUAACUUGUCUAUUUUUAGAUUUCACUGGACAAGCACUGCUUGCUUUGCUUGCCCAGAAGGAACACCAGUGGUUAGUAUUAUUGAACACAUAUCAAGCCAUAUGAUUGUUCAGGUGAUCACAUUAAAAAUACAGUUUUAAAGCUGUAAAGUUGGACAUUUUAACAUGGGAGUAUAUGGGGAAUUACCUCAGCUACUGGUGUUGCUACUUGAUUGAUACUCUGUCAUUUUAACUAGGGAUACACCAUUUAUGAAGUGUUAAGCUGCUACAGAGCUUUUUAAUGGUGAUAUAGCAGAUAUUUUCUUAGGUCUUUAGUGGUUUUUGUUAUUUAUUUCCCCUUUUGUCCCAGGAAAACAUAUAAAUCUUUAAUUUAAAAAAAUAAAUUACUUUUAGCUCUUCAUAGCCUAAAUUUGGAACAUUUUGGAAAUUGGAUGUGACACAGCAGAUUAAUGCAUUCUUGUUCCCUGUAUGUUGACAUCAGUUAAGAGAGCUAAUGUUUAUAGGUACAGCUUUAGCUUGAACUUACAAGUGCGUUCUAUUCGAGGUGAGACUGUCCCUGUUUUUUGUUUUGUUUUGUUUUUUUUAAUAUGUAAUUCCUCAAAUUACAUGCAGGAGACUUAUAAAAGUUUAAAAGCUCUCAUCUCCUCCUCCUUGUUGCAACAUUAGUUUGACUGUCAGGAUGCCUCAAAAAAGGUAAUGGAUUUCCGUGUUUGAUGGACAUUUCAGCCUUGAGUCAUUUAAUAGUUUUAACUUUUGAGGCGUAACCGUGACAGCAGAAAUCCUAAUCCUACAGGGACAUUUGUUCGGGGGGGGAUUGCUCUUAAAAUGAAAAGGAUAGCGGUGGCGUGCUUCUCCUAACACAUCCAACAAAUUCAUCACCUGCGUGUCAGAAAUGCUGCAGCAGUAACUGACUCCCAUUUGGAAAGAAUUUAAAACCCUUACAAGAGAUUUUUCAUGUUCAACACAGCUGUCUGGUUUUAAUAUAUUUAAUCAUUGAUGCAUAAUUUAUCUCUUAUGUGGUGUUUCCAGCGUUUUUACCGACACUGGUUUUUACUUUGCAGUACAAGGAACGUCGAAUGUAUUGUCUUUUGAAAGUGUUUGCUUUGAAGAGCGGGUUUAUUUUUAACGAAAUGUUAAAUAUUCAGGUAUUCACAGUUAUAAAAUAAUCAGUGCUUCGUCACGUGUUUUCCCUCAGCUCCUCGUGAGCCGGUGGCGUUAGAGGUUUACAAACCAGUAGUGGGGAAACCUUUAGUGGCUUAACUUUGCAGCUUCCUUCCUGAAGUAUUCGUCACUCAUCUUGCGUUUUAUCUGCAAAUUUGCUUAAAGUGUACCAGAGGAGACCGAAGAUGGCAGCUGUUAAACAGAACAUCCUCAAGUGUUUGACACAACUCAGCGUGAGACCAUGCUUAUGUUUAAGACUGCACACAGACUCUUUAAUUGUCAUUUAAAUAAAUGGGCAUGUGCAUGUA